UCAUCUUCCCUCUUUGAGAAGCGCUUUCCUGGCAGGUUUCACGAGCUGAGACACUGGCCCGGAGCUGCUGAGCCAGGCAGCCCCACAGCACAGGACAGGAGAAGGUCUGGGGGCCAGCAGUGGAGCCAGAGGAGAUGCCCAAGUUCACCUUUUGUGAGAGGAGGGAGUUUGGGGAUCAGUUUGUGCAGCUCCUAAAAGACACAGGCAGAGAAGCUGUGAGCAGCCGGGAGGCACUGAGGAUCAUCUACAAUGUGGAGUUCAGGACCAGGAAUAAUACGAAGACGCCCAAUUUCUCCUCCGUCCUGUUCACACUGAGCCAGAGCGGUGGGGCCGAGGUGCGGGGAGACUUUGUGCGCUUCGGGAAGGUGAAAAAGAAAGUGAAGUUUAGAGAUCAGUACUGGACACCAAGGCCAGAGGAGCCCCGCACGGACAGCCAGCAGGCGGGCACCGAUCAGCCUCCCCACAGAGGACGCGCCAAGGAGAGAGCGGAGUUCAUUGGUGGGAAACAUGGAGUGGAGAUUCUCUCUGAGCACGACCAGGGGAAAGGGCGCAUCCGCUUCCCCAUCAUGCCCAACGAGCCCACAACAGCCAGCAUUUGGGUUCAGAACAAAGGCACAGAGGAAGUGACGCUGUUAGGGUACAGGGCGCUUCGGAAGCAGCGCGAGAUCACCUUCCACGAUGAGAGCAAGGUGACCAGACAGCAGCCCCAGGUGUUGCAGCCAGGAGACUCUUACUUGAUCAAGGCGCGGUGCCUGACUCAGCACUAUGGUUACUUCUCCGUCACCGUGCUGUUCAAGUUCACCAAGGAGCAAGACGGGCCCUUCAGCAUUGGGCGGUUCGUGUCAGCCAUAGCCAACAGCCGGCUGGCUGAGGAGCUGGGGCCCACUGCACCAUACAGGUCUUACCAGGCCGACCUGAGGAAGACAGUCACAGUCACCACAGAGGAUGGCAUCCCUCCCGACAGCUCCCAGCACCCUGAGCUUGAGCAGCUGAUCCCGCUGGGCCGCUACGACUACCCGAAAGACCUGCAGGACAUGGUCAAUGCUGAGCGCAGCAGGCUGCGGAAGUCCCUGGCAGCCAAGCUUCAGUUUGAGAACUACCAGGAGAAGUUCCAGCUGCUGCUGCACCUGGAGGAGCUCCAGAUGGAGGUGGACAUCCGGCGCUAUGAUAUUCGGGACAUCCCGAUGGUGAAGGACACUCAGAACAAGAGGCUGCUCCUCCUGGAGGUCCCUGGCGUGGCAGAGAACCGCCCGUCUGUGCUGAAGGGCGAUCACCUGUUUGUCACCCGGAGUGAGCAGCGCGACUUGCCCCAGCUCAUCCAGUACAAGGGUUACGUGCACGCCGUGGAGCUUGAAAGGAUCAAACUGGGCUUCUCCCCCAACCUGCUGGCGAGCUUCGUGAAUAACCUGAAGUUCGAUGUGACCUUUACCUUCAACCGGCUGCCGCUGCAGGUGCAGCACCGGGCCGUGGAGCUGGCCAAGAAGAGGAACUUGGGCGAUAUCCUCUUCCCAUCCUUUGCAUACAGAGAGUCCCUCCUCCACGAGGGAGGCCGGCUCAGGCUGUUUGACCGGAGCCUGGAGACCAACCAGGAGCAGUACACUGCUGUGCAGCAGAUCAUGACAGGGAUGUCCAGGCCGGCACCAUACAUCAUCUUCGGGCCGCCAGGGACCGGCAAGACCGUCACUGUGGUGGAGGCCAUCAAACAGGUGGUCACGUGCAUCAAGGACUCCCAUGUCUUGGCCUGUGCACCGUCCAACAGCGCCUCGGACCUGCUCUGCCAGCGCCUACUGAAACACCUGGACAAGGGCAGCAUCUAUAGGAUCAACGCCAGCAGCAGGGACUAUCGCCAGGUGCCAGAGGAGAUCAAGCCCUGCUGUAACUGGGACGAUGCCCAGCAGUGCCACGUGUACCCAAGCAAGGAGAAGCUGCAGCACUACCGGGUCAUCAUCACCACCCUGGUGACAGCAGGACGGCUGGUAACGGCCCACUUCCCUGACGGCCAUUUCACCCAUGUCUUCGUUGACGAGUGCGGCCACGCGGUGGAGCCGGAGUGCCUGGUUGCCAUCGCAGGAAUUCUGACAACGAUGGACCGGGAGACCAACACCAACGGGGGGCAGUUGGUGUUGGCAGGAGAUCCCAAGCAGCUGGGUCCGGUCCUGAGGUCCCCACUGGCCAUCGAACACGGGCUAGAGGUCUCGCUGCUAGAGAGGCUUAUGCUGCACAACUCCCUGUACCAAAAGGGAGCCAAGAGCUACAACCCGCAGUUCGUCACCAAGUUACUGCGGAACUACAGGUCCCACGCCGCCCUCCUCGAGAUCCCCAACCAGCAGUUCUACGACGGGGAGCUGCAGGAGUGCGCUGACCACCUCAUCAGCUAUUCCUACUGCACCUGGGAGGAGCUGCCUAAGCAGGGCUUCCCAAUCAUCUUCCAUGGAGUGUCCGGGGAGGACCAGCGAGAGGGUAACAGCCCCUCGUUCUUCAACACAUUGGAGAUCGAAGCCCUGGUCACCUACCUCAAGAAACUGCUGCAGAGUCAGGGCAAGCGGGGCCGCUCCAGGAUCUCCCCCAAGGAGAUCGGUAUCAUCUCCCCCUACAGGAAGCAGGUAGAGAAGAUCAGACAAGCCAUCACCAGAAUGGACCGAGACCUGAUGAACCUCCCAGAUAUCAAGGAGCUGAAGGUGGGCUCCGUGGAGGAGUUCCAGGGCCAGGAACGGCGUGUGCUCCUCAUCUCCACCGUGCGCAGCUGCACCGAGUACCUCAGCGUGGACGAAGAUUUCAAACUGGGCUUCCUCAAGAACCCCAAGAGGUUCAAUGUGGCUAUCACCAGAGCCAAGGCUCUGUUAAUAAUCGUGGGCAACCCGGCCGUGCUCAGCAAGGAUACUCACUGGAACAUGUUUCUCAGGUACUGUAUAGCGAAGGGUGGGUACACGGGGUGCCCCUACGCUGAAGAGAGCACGGAAGAGGAUGCCCUUGUGGAGGAGCUUAGCUCCCUUCGCUUGAGCACGCAGUCAGCAGGGAACCAGCUCGGGGAGAGCCACAUCCAGCAGCAAGUGGAGCCAGCGUGGAGACACGAGCACUGAGGCAUCGCCUGCAGCUCGUCCUACUGCCAUUUCAGCACCAGCAGGGCAUCUCCUCCCAAACUCAGCAACUGCCCUCUGUCUGGUCCCCUCAACCACCUCGCUCACUGACAGGGGCGUUCCAAGCGCACCAGAGUGGGGCAGUGGAGGGGAACGGUGCAGGGACUGAACUGGGAGUGUAGCCCCAACUCUUAUCCACUAUCCCAACGCCCACCUCUCACAUGGACCCAGCCCCGUCUCCUACCCAUUAGCCUGGCACCCACCUCUGCCCUAGUCUAGUCUAUGUAGGUGCCUCCCUGUAGGAUCUGUCCCAGCUCUGGGGCCCGCUUGCUAACCUGAGCCAGUGAGAUUGUGUAACUCUUGGAAGCACAAGGGUAGCUUGACAUGGAAACUGCCUGGCUGUGUGAGGGGUUUGCACCCUCUCUCCCCAUCCCCUCUCUGCCCAUUGUAGGGAAGGGGAGCUGCAGCAGGAAGCCCUGCCUGUUUGCCGGCAUUGCCACACAAUGGUUUAAACAACGAUUUUACAUCCAAUUUUUGGGAAAAGACUCAAAAAAAAAAUUCCCACUGCGUGCAAACUUGACUGGCCCGAACCGGCACUGCUGAAACCAGCCCUCACAGCGAUGCUGCGAUGAGGCCACAACCUCCACCUUGGAUCAGGUGGAAACCUGCUUUUGAAAAUAAAAUCAUUGUCAUAAAAUUCCCAGCUACUGGUCAACUGAAUACUCUCCUCUGAGCUGGAGCCGUUUCCAAAGCCCAGCUGCAGGGCCUGGAGCUGCUGCUGAGUGGCUGGCUGCAGCCCCGCUCAGGUGUUGCUGUGAUGCUGAGUAACUGCUGUUCGCACUUGGGGACCAGCUGGGCUGUAGCUCCCUGGCCAACAGGCCCCAUGCACCGCCCUGCAGGCGAGCUGCUCCAAAACACAGGGUGAGAGGAAAACACUGGUGCUGGUCUGUACAGCUCUAAAGCUGCCUCGGCUGUCCCUGGGCGGGUGGGCACUGCUCCCAGGGGACGGGGGAGCCAGAAUUGCAUGCGGAGCACAAUGCUGCUGGCAGAAGCCAAGGCAGGGGGCAGCUCUGGGCAUUGUUUACAGGGGAGGGAUACUACCAAGCUGGGGAAGGGGCAAGUAUGUUCCCCCUUCCUGGAGCCACACAUGAAUCUGUAAAGAGGCUUAGGAGAGAAACCUGGGCACAUGGCAGGGGCAGAGGUAAGGUAGACAGGAGUCAUGUCACCGGGGUGUGUUCAACUUUCCCUUCCCGGCAUUGUCUCAGCCUGAGAAUCUCUCCACCUCCCUCCCGCUCAGCUGCAGUUCACGCUCUGUCUGGGGCUGAGCCUGCUGCUCUUUGUGCCAUUCACAGCCCCAUAACUCAGCUAGUGAAUUAUGGGAGCAGCUGGUGCAGUGGUAGCCCAGGAUGCUGAAUGAGGCACCACCAGCUGAGCCCAACCUCUUCCCUUGCUGGUUGAUUGCCUGCCAGGCAGACACAAAGCGGGAAGGGGGAGUGUUUUCCUUACGCAGGGCUGGGCUCUGGUGCAUCUCCUGGCUUUUCUCUAGCCCAGGCGCUGGCUCUCGGCCGGACACGCAUACCGUCCGUCGGCUGGAGCUAAUCGUGUGAGGGAGUUCAGAGCCUGGUCGGGGAUUCCCAGACAGGCUGGAACUCAAAGCCUUUGUCUCGCAGCGGGGGGGGGGGGGGGUAGUGUUAGGAAGAAGGAAUUGAAGUGGCAGUAAGGUGGAAGCAGCACUGGUUUUCCAGCAGCUUGUGUGUAAUGAUGGGCUGGUCACAGCAGUUCCCUGUCUGUAACUGGAGCAGUCCCACUUGUUAAGAGGACAAGCAUGCUGACUGCAGCACCGGGUGUCAAGCAUCAAGGCUCGUUAGCCCUCCAAUUCAGUGUCACUCAUGGCUAGUGCCAUGUGACCAGUGACUUGUAAAAGGCACCUAAAAGGGGAAGGGCCUGUCUACACUGCAGCAUGUGUAGCCGUAGCUGAGCUAGCAAGGUACCGACAGUAGGGACUUCAGCAUGGCCCAUACCAGCCCAACUUGGGUCCCGCUGGCAGUGAGCUCCACUGCAGGCUGCUGCAAUUGGCUCCAGUCCGGUCACCGCUGCUCUCACUGCUCCAGUUCAGCAGUGUGGGGAGACCCUUGCUGGUAAGAGGCUUUGGCUCAUGGGAGGUUUAUGUUGAGCGCUGCAGUUAUGGAGCACAUGCUCUUUCCUUCGCUCACGACCCUAGAGGAGCUGUGCAUGGCUCACCAAAGGCGAGGAACGUGCUGCUAAGACCCUGUCAAAUGCUGCUCUAUGGGAACAGGCACCCAAACCAGAGGGGGAUGGGCAGUCAGGGUCAUCUCAGACAGUUCACAAAUAAUUAGCCCCCAAAUGGGCAGGGGAGGCUAUUUGAGAGUAACCCAGCACUGAUAGCAUUCACCAGUGCCGCAGACACACAAAGGUAUCAUGUUUGCCUUACACUAGGCAUUUGUAUUGCUUUCUAUCUCCACUCCUGCUGGCCACAAACAGGACAGGGCACUAGAAAGGGCUGUACUGUUCCACAAGGUGUUUUUUGGGCACGAUGCAAUGUGGUAUUUCUUCAUUUCAAACAUCCCCCUUCUCUCUGAUCAGGAGUUUGUCCUCUCUCCUCCCUCUAGUGCCCAAAAAUCCCAUCCAAGAUCCCCUACUAUAAACCUGACCUCUUCCAAACAUUCAGGCUCAUGAUGAAAGCAGGUGACAGCAUCAGGAUGCUCAAGGUCUGUUUGCACACUGUCAUAAACGGAUAGUUAAGAGUUAAUAGAACAGAAGUACUUCAUAUCUCUUUUGCUUGUAAAGGGUUAACAAGUUCAGUGAGCCUGGCUGUCACCUGACCAGAGGACCAAUCAGGGGACAGGAUACUUUCAAAUCUUGAGGGAGGGAAGUUUUUGUGUGUGCUGUUAGUUUUUGGUUGUUGUUCACUCUGGGAGCUCAGAGGGACCAGAUGUGCAACCAGGUUUCUCUCCAAUCUCUCCGAUAUAGGCUCUUAUAAGUUCAGAAUAGUGAGUACUAGGUAGAUAAAGCGAGUUAGGCUUAUGGUUGUUUUAUUUGCAAAUGUGUAUUUGGCUGGAAGGAGUUCAAAUUUGUAUUUUGCUGAAAGGAUUUUAAUUUGUACUUGUAUACUUAGGCUGGGAGGGUAUUCCCAGUGUCUAUCGCUGAAAGACCCUGUACCUAUUCCAUCUUAAAUUUACAAAGAUAAUUUUUACCUUUGUUCUUUCUUUAAUUAAAAGUUUUUCUUGUUUAAGAA